AUGGCGGACGCGGCGGCGGCGGGCCUCGAGUUGCACCUGUAUCCGACGCGGUGGGAGGGCAAGAGCGGCGCGAACCCGUCGGGCAGCGUGGCUCGCGAGGUCAGGCGGAACCCGAAGUCGCCCGACUUCACGGGCCUGGAGCGUUCCGCGCAGUCCAGCUUCGACGACUCGGGCGGCCCGAAGACGAAGGAGUUCGACAAGUGCACGGCCGAGCAGCAGAAGACGAACGCGACCGUUCUCAAGAGUCUAAGGCAGGACCUCGAGAAGCAGGAGAACCAGAAGAAGAGGCAGGCCAGUCGCAAUAAGGGCGACGGCCAGCUGGGCGCCGACAUGCACCUGGCGAGCGACGCCACCAGCCGCGCCCCGAUCCAGCUGGAGCGACUCAAGAUCCUGCAGAACGACAUUGUGCCGAAGGAGGUGCUGGGCGUCUGGGGCGCCGACGCCCGCCGGCUUCUGGCCGACCCUUGGGGGUGUAUUGAACGACGAGCUGAUGAUGUCGAAGCAGACGGGCCACCUCCACGCCCGCGCUCCGACCCACGGCUCCGCCAGAGCCGCGAGCUGCUGAAAGGGCUGGCGCUGACUUUGCACCGCGGCGGCCUCGUCGCGUUUGGCCGGGUGCCGAACCAUUGGCGCCGACGGCCGCCGCGCUCCCGCCUGGCGGCGCCAGGUGCGGCCUCGGCGCUCGACCUCGGCGACGCGGCGCUGGAGCAAGGAGCCGCGGCGGCCAUGGAGCUGCGCGGCGCGGCCGUGGACCUCCAGGACGGAUUCUACCAGCCGUGCUUCAAGGUGACGAGCGACUGGUUCGGCCUCGACUGCCGCAUGACCGACGAGGAAGCCGGGAUCGCGGAGAUGUUCGGCGUCGGCUCCUGGCUGCCCGUCGCGGCCGACGAUGCGGUCUGGCCCUGCUUCUGCGGCGUGCCCGUGGGGAUGCGCUGCGAGCGGAAUUUGGCGGAGGCCCAGCUGCUGCGAGACGUGCGGCUUGCUCCGCGGCUCGCCCAGGGCAGUCCCGUCGCGGCGCCGUGCGCCGACAACGGCGGCCUGCUCUGCUUCGACAGCGAGGAUGCCAAUACCUUCUGCGACGCGAUGGUGGCCGCGCUGACCGAGCGCGGCUUCCGGCACGCGCCGCGGCAACUGGAGCUGCGGGCGGGCUGCGCGGGGGAGGUGAUGCGCAUCGUGUUGGGCCACCUGGUGAAUUUCUUCAUGCUGGCUCGGCCCGCCCUGAGCGUGCUCUCGUGCCUGUGUGGCCGCAGCGCCGAGAACUUGGGGGCGCAGCACUGCCCCGCGGCCUUCUGCUCGGACGCCUGCGCGACGGGCCGCGCCAUCGACGCGGGUCUCUUCAGCGGGAGUAAGCUGCGCGACGUCUGCCAGUGGCGGGAGCGUUGGAGGUUCACCGACGCCGAGGCCAUGGGAGCGGUCGAGGCCGGGGUCCCACAUCCCGGGGUGACCGGCAUCGUGCCCUCGCUGCCCGACGGCAUGUCGCCGCUGGGCGCUGGAGGCGGCUGCUGGUCGGCGCCUGGGAGAGGCGCGAGGCUCGCGGAGCGCGGGCUGCGGCGCUACGCGGUGGCCGGCUGGCGGCUCGGCUGGGGCGGCUGCGGGGGCUGGCGGCGGGUGCCGCAGCGGACCGCAGUGACGCCGCGAGCGUGGGCCCGGGUCGGACCGAAGCUGCCCUGCCUGUCGGACUCCUCGGACUCUCGGGCCGGCCUUGGUUGUGUCGGCUUCACGGUGAAGGUCUUCGGGUUGUGCCAUCGUGUUGGGGUCUCCGUGUCAAUUGAGAAUCCAGCGUCCUCGAGGCUCCUGAAGUACCCGCCCCUCGUGAGCACCAUGCCGCUGCGGAGAUGGGCGCCUGGCGUGGAGAGCUACACGGCGGUCGUCAGCGCGUUCGCGGCGCAGGCUGCGACUGAUGGCGCCGUCCAUUGGUUCGACGCCAUGGUCGAGCGCGAGGUUACCCCGAACGCGAUAUCCUACAACGCCGUGAUGGACGGGUUCGCAAAGCGGGGCGAUGUAGCGACUGUGACUUCAUGGCUCGCAAAGAUGGCAGCGGCCAGCGUGCAGCUGACAUCUGUGUCGCUCGCGAUUGCCGUAUCCGCCAGCGUCAACGCCCGUGAUGGCGUUGAGGCUGCAAGACGGUUGCAGGAGAUGGUUGAAGCUGGCGUUGAGCCAGGAACCAUGUGUUACAAUGUUCUCAUAUCCAGUUGCGCCAAGAGUAGUGCGGCUGGGAAAGCGCUUCAUUGGUUCGAUAGUAUGAUUGAGAAGCGGAUUUCGCCAGACGAGGUCUCUUACACUGGGCUGAUUGACUGCUAUGCGAAGCGAGGGGAUGCCGAGAAUUCAGUUCUCUGGUUUCACAAGAUGGCCGAGGCCCGGAUUUCUGGCUCCAGGAUCGCCUACACUGCCGUCAUCGACUGCUUUGCGAGACAGGGCCGCGCGGAACUUGCGAUGAAGUGGCUGGAGGACAUGUCACGGGCCAGGCAGUCGCCUGACGUCAUCUCCUGCAAUGCUGUAAUCAAUGGCUGCGCCAAGAGAAAAGAUGUCCAAUCUGCGAUCCGCUGGUUAGAGCGCAUGAGCGCGAUGGUGGUUGCGCCCAACAGGGUGUCAUACACCUCCGUCAUCGACGCGUGCGCGCGAUCUGGGAGAACGGAUCUGGCACAGCGGUACCUCGAUCAGAUGGUGCAGGCCGGCCAUCUGCCGGACGCAGUUGCUGCCACGGCUGUUAUCGGUGCUUGCGCGCGAGGUGGCAGGGAAGCCCGUGGCGGCGAUUUGGCCAGCAGACUCUUCGAACG